CUAUAAAGCUGCCGCCAGUUCCUGCUGCCGGCACCGGAGCCGACGGCGCGCACGGGAGGGCUCCGGCGGGCCCGGACCAGCCCCAUGGCCAACGCCACCCUCCUGGUCCUGCUGGUGCUGGCGCUGGGCGCAGGUACCGGUGCCAUGACCACCACCACCGAGAGCACCACAGAGACCACCACCACCGACACAACCACCACAGAGACAACCACGACCACCACGGAGAUGACCACUGAGACGACCACCACCACCCCCAUGACCACCACCCCGAACAUCACCAUCACAAGCAGCAAUGGGACACAACCACCCCCUGCUACAGCCUUCCCCAGCACGAGCAACACCACAAGCUUCCAGUCCAACACCACCACUGCCAACAGCACCAUGGAUCCUGCCCUGGUCAGCUCUGCCACCCCCUACACCAACACCACCACAAACAGCAGCAGCUCGGUCCCCACCUUCAGCAUCAACACCAGCACCGUGGGUCCCAUCUCUGCCACCAACACAACCACCAUCAGCACCAUGGGUCCCAUCUCUGCCACCAACACAACCAACAGCAGCACCACGGCUCCCACCAUUGCCACCAACACAACCACCAUCAGCACCACGGCUCCCACCAUUGCCACCAACACAACCAACAGCAGCACCACGGCUCCCACCAUUGCCACCAACACAACCAAGAGCAGCGCUGCAGCUCCCACCCCUGGCACGGGCAGUGCCACGGUGAUUCUCACCUCCAGCACCAAAAGCAGCAGCACCCGGCCCGUCCCCACGCACACAACCUCUGUCACGGCCCCUGCGGUGGCACCGGGCGGCAGCGCCGGUCCCAGCCCCAAUGCAGCCACCGCGGUGCAGCUUCUGCUCAGCAUCCCCCUGUCCUUCCGCAUCCUCAACAGGAGCUUCAACGAGAGCCUGCGCAGCCCCGGGUCAGAGCAGUACCGGGGCCUGAGCCGCACCGUGCUGGACAUGUUUGACCGUGUCUAUGGCAGUGGGCAGAGCUACAAGGGAUGCAGUGAGCUCCGUUUCAGCCAAGGCUCCGUGGCCGUGCAGUCCACCCUCGUGUUUGGCCAGGACAACGCCAUCAUCUCCAGCACCGCUGCUGAGCAGCAGCUCAGGAACAGCCUGGACCAGAACGGCUUCAUCAUGGGCCUGCAGCUGGAUGACAUCUCGAGCAACACAGAGGGGAUGUCCCCAGCACCGGUGCCAGGCUGGGCCAUUGCUCUGCUGGUCCUGGUCUGCAUCCUGCUGCUGCUGAGCAUCCUCUCCUGCCUCCUGCUGGCCAUCUGCGCCUGCCGCCGGAAGACCCGUGGGAAGCUGGACCUGUUCAGCACAAAGGAUUCCUACCACCCCAUGGCCGAGUACCUGCAGUACCAGAGCCACGGGCGCUACAUGGCCCCCAGCAGCAAACCCAACCCCUACAGCCAGGUCGCCGGCAGCAACGGCGCGGGGACCGGCACCUUCACCUACACCAACCCUUCCGCUACCUCCGACAACCUCUGAGGGACACCGGGAUGCGCAAGGAGAGGGCUCGGGAAGGGA